AUGUUCCUGCGACAGGUUCUCCAGAUGAAUCCGGCCUAUGGUUCCUACCUCCAGUCAGACCAGGAGUUGGUGGAGAUCGUCCAGCUCUAUGCGAAGCGGCUCCGCGCCAGGAUGGUGAGCUCUCAAGGUCCUCUGCCGCCCAACUCCUUCUACGAGCCGCUUUGUGAGUUGUCCUGGCGCGUGACGGGACACAUCCUUCACUCGGUGCUCAUCCUGGAUGACACCGCGGCCAACAACUUGCCCGUGCCAAAGGAGCCGUUGAGUCAGGUGAAGAUGUUGGUACAGACCAAUAUGGAGCUCAGCAAAAAGCUGAACACGAUGCGCCGCGAUUACUUGAGGGAACUGACCUCACACCGCGACAAGCAGCGUAGCCUGAGCUAUGAGAAGCAGCUCAUACUGCAUGACCUCCAGGAGAACCCCGUGAUGUUCUUUGAGCCUCUGAAGUUCGUCCUGGUGCGCCGAAGCGCAGCGAAUUCCCUGACUCGUGAUGCCGUGAUGCUGAGUUUCCUCUAUAGCUGCCAUGCUGUGCCGUUGAAGCGGCCGUGUGGCACGGAGGACGAUGUGACCAAAGAGUUCAUCAAGUUGGUGGUGGAAGAACGUGCCUGGAUCGCGGCCUCGGGCUGGCGUGACAGUCUUUUGGAUCACAGUCCGGCCGAGCGCCCGCCGUAUCCACACUACCCCGGGCGCCGCGUGGUCACGCUGGAAGGCCCUUGGGACUUCGCGUAUCUGGGCGACGUGCCGUUGGCGGCGGGCGCCUUCAUCCGCGAAGAGGAGUUCCAAGGGACGCGCCUCGUGCCGGACGCCUUCAACGACAGGGAGUGGCUGUGCCCACUGCAGCAGUGUCCUCAAUGGCCGACCCACCCCUGCCACCGCUGCUGCCAUGCCUUGCGCACUGGGAGCGCAGAGCCUAGCUGCGACCGGGCGCUGCCGCAGUGCUGCGAUCCGGUGGGACUUGGACGCCGUGGCGUGGCGGCCUACCGGAUCUACCUGGAGCCCGAGGUGAGCCUCUUGCACUUCCGCGGCUGCGGCCUUCGCUGUGCCGUCCUCCUGGACCGCACGUCGGUCGCGGAGCAUGAAGGGAGCUAUAGCCCCUUUUGGGUGGAUCUGGCAGGCCUCCCUUGGCCCUCCGGACCGCGGGCCCCACGCGAACUCCUGGUGCUGGCAGACAGCCGCUUCGGCACGUUGCAGCGCUUGCACUUCGAUUGGCUGCAGCCCGGCGGAAUACUGAGACCGGUGGAGGCACAUCGUUUGGAGGAGUCCUCGGUGCGUAUUCGACAUCUUGCGGUGGAGCCGAAGAGUGUCACCCACGUGCUGGUCUCUCUUGACAUCCUGGGCUGCGAGUCUGGAGGCACUCUACUUGCGCGUCUCCACUUCAGCGGCCUUGAAACGCCCCGCGAGCGGCGCCUCGACUGCCUUGGCGCGACGUCCACACCUACCGCGCCGUCUGCACGAGUGGCGCAGUCAGCUGCGUGGCUGGAGACGCUGGGCCCGGGCGCCGGCGUUUGGACCUCGGAACGGCCAGAGCUGCAGAUGCUGAUGGUGCAGCUGAUGCUGGAUGGGCGACAGGUGGAUGCCAUCACGGUGCGCUUCGGGCUCCGCUGGUUGGAGGCCAAGGAGCAGCAGCUCUGGCUCAACGGCGCGCCGCUGCAGCUGCGCGGCGUGAAUCGCCAUGAGUCGUGGGUCUGGGGCGGCCUCCACCGACCCUGGGCUGAGCUGCAGGAGGACAUCCAGCUGCUGCUCGAGCUGAACGCGAACUUCGUGCGGGGCGCGCACUACAGCCAGGACCAGCGCUUCUUGGAUUUGUGCGACGAGAAUGGCAUCUUGGUCUGGGAGGAGACCUCCGCCUGGCAGCCGAGCAGCGAAGACCUGGCGGAUCCCGUCUUUAUGGCGCUGCAGGCGCAGGCGUUGCGAGAGACCAUCGAGGCCUCGGCCAACCAUCCAAGUGUCAUCAUCUUCGGCUUCCUCAACGAGGCGGACGCCUCCGAGCCCACAGUGGCACGUCCGGCCUUCGCGCGGCUGGCGCAGCUGGCACGGCAGAUGGGGCAGGGACGGCUGGUGGCCUGGGCGUCCAGGCACAAGAUCCGAGACGUCACGCUGGACUUGGGCGACCUCAUUGCUUUCAACGACUAUCCAGGUUGGUACGACGCGUCCGUCCUGGAGAUCCCCAGCGUGUGGGAGAGCUAUGCGGACUGGGCCAGGGCGACACAUCCAGGUAAGCCGCUGCUCAUUGCUGAAGCGGGCGCGGGGGGGCUGGCGGGCUGGCAUGGGAGGCCAGGAGAAGAGGACCUCUGGUCCGAGGAACUGCAAGCGUCGAUCGUAGGUGCCACCCUGAGUGCGGCCUUGGCCGCGGGCUACAUCGGCGUGGCGCUGUGGCAGUUCGCGGACGUGCGCGUGGACGGCGCGCUCUACUGGAGCGAGCGGCCCACGGCGGAGGAGGAGGAGGGGCUGCCAGAGGUGCUUGUGAAUGUCUCUUCCGGCGCGGAGUGGAUGGAGCGCGUGGCGGUGGUUUACCAGAGCAUCAACAACCUCUUCGGUCAGCACCGACCCUUAAGGCCGCGCGAGUUGAACAACAAGGGCCUCCUCUCCUUGUCGAGGCAGCACAAGAAGUUGGCCUUCUACGCGGCGCAGGAUGCCUUCCGUCCCUGUGUGCCGCUGGUUCCUGGGCAGCCCCUGCCACCGGAGCAAGAGCAGCUCUUUAUGGCCCGGGCCGACCGAGAGGAAGGCUGCCCUGGAUGCUUCUUAGCAGUGCACACCUGGAAUGUGGCUGACAGGCCUCCGGACGAGCCGGGCGUGCGCGUGCACGGCCACCAGCUGGACAGCCGAGCGGGUCACUGGUCGCUGCGGCGCGGCUUGCUGCGCUUGGCAGGCCAUGUGGAUGGACGCCUGUCGGGUGUGGGCGGCUUCCUGAGCGUCUCAGGUGCUCGAGACGCGACCUCCAGCUCUGUGGCGGUCAGGGAGGCCGCGCUGUCGCUGUGGCGAUGGGAGCCGGUGGCAGCACCGAACGCUAACGGCCACGGUGCUUCCGAACGGCCCUUCCUUUUGCGCGUCAUCGCCGGCCCGCGCUGCGGUGCCGUGCUGUCGCUGAGCGGCGCUGUGCCGCGGGAUGAGAAGUCCGUGUAUGCGACCGUGCAGCUGGAUCCGUCCUUGGGCACCCUCUUUUGGCUCCAGCCGACCUGA